AUGGAUAUCCAUACCUCACUCGAACCUUUCGAAGCUCGCCGCGGCUCAGAGAGGAGCAGGGGUGGCUGGGCUUUAGCCCUGACAGAAGCGCUGGCCUUGGUCGGAGCUUCUGAGAGAGAAAGAAGUAGUGAUGGAGGAGAGAGAAGAAAGAGCGAGUUUGAGAGGAACUGGAAUAAAGAUAAGAGGGAGAGGGGACUGAAAAAAUUGAGAGGAACAUGGAAGUUAGGGCGAGAGUUUGAGAGGGACUGA